AUGAGAUGCGCGAGCAAGGCCGCCGAGAGCGCGUCCGCACGUCUUUGUGCGGACGCCGAAGCAGAAACCGCAGCAACUGAUGUCACAUCGGUUGCUGAAUCGACUCAGCCUGUGUCACCUGGUGAUGCAGGCGCUCGUCAUGAAGACACUCAUGUCUUCACAGAGUAUGAGCUCGGUGUCUCGUACUCUCCUGAUACGGAAGACGGAUCCGUAUCGACGGCGAUAGAAUCCAAGCCGCCUGCCAAGCGUGGCAUGGAUGAUGCUAUGCGUCGUAGCAUCUUUGGUUCAUCUGAUGAAUCAGAUGAACCAUCGCUGAAGCGAAGGCGCUCGAAGUCACAAGACUCGGGCGCUCACAGUGGUGUCGGUUCUCCUAUUGACACCACUUCGCAACAAGGUGCCAGUACUUCUGUCGGCACGUCGCAGGAAGAGCGGGACCGCAACGUGUUGCGUCUCGCUCCUGAAAAGAAGGCAUGGAUGCCUCCAAAAUCCGUCAUGGAUCACUUGUCGGCGACGACGAGUGAUCGCUAUCGAACACGAGUGAUCGCUAUCGAACACGAUUGUUCGAUUCGUCAAGGAUCCAUCACCUUGACCCCAGUGCGAAAAACUAUCGCGCUGAGCAUGAAUUCUUCAUUGAUGCUUUCUUUAAACAUCAAUGGUACAGUGGGAAUCACAAACGUGAUGGUCCCUCACUGCUUCAAGCGUGGAACGCCUACAUCCAUAACCUUGAGAAUGUAG